GAAAAAAGAGAACAAAACAUCACACAAUCUCAGACUGCUUCUAAGACAAAGGUGUUGCUAGGAUGUGGCUAUUUAAAAAAUCCAAACCACCCACUCCUCCUCCAUCUCCAGAGUUUCGCAAACCCUGGAGGUCCUUGGACUGGAAUGAGGAUAAACAAAAUCUACUGACAGCAAUAAACAUCUUCAAACCUAGCAACUCAGAAGUUGGCACUCUGAGAAUUCUUCUGCAUGGACCACAAGGUGCUGGAAAAUCAAGCUUUUUCAACUCUGUGUAUAAUGUUCUCCAGGGCCGCAUCACUACCAGAGCCCUGGCACAUGCAGUAGAAACUGGUCAAAGUUUCACUGUGAAAUGCAAAACAUAUAAAGUGAAGAAGGACAGCCCUGACUCCUACUUUCCUUUCAAUUUCACUGACAUUGCCGGAAUGCACAGAGAAGAUAGAGGAAUAAAGAUGGAUGACAUCAUCAAAUUAUUAAACGGUCACAUCAACAGUGGUUAUAAUUUUAACCCAUUAAAACCAAUUACCGAAGAAGACCCGAAGUAUAACAAGAACCCCACUCUGAAAGACAGGAUUCACUGUCUGGUUGCUGUUCUUCCUGCUAACACGGUUUCUAUGAUGGAUGACACUAAUUUGCCCAUAAUUAAGCAAAUGAGUGAUGUUCGUAAGGAAGCAAGAAACUUGGGCAUUCCUCAAGUCAUAAUCCUGACCAAGGUUGAUGAAUCAUGUCAACUAGUCAAAGAUGAUCUUAAAAGGAUCUAUACAAGCAAAAAAAUAAAACAAAAGUUCUGCCAUUUCCCAUUGGAUGGUACGGGGAAGUUCAUGACUUGUCUACACCGGAAAGAUCAAGAAGUUCUGCAAUCAGCCCGCUCUCAAAUCUGGCACCUUGGUCUGAAUGGAGACACUGAAGAAAGCCAUAGAUGCAGAAGAAUUCAUCCCAUAGUUUCUUAG